AUUUUAUUAACUUAAAGUUGGCUUCAUGGAGUAAGAUUCCUUAUGCUGAACUUUGAAGGCAUUAGUCAGCUGCCCGGAUGUCAUAUGUAAAAAUUGUCUGAACUGCAUGAUCACAAGGACAGCAGUUUCCACUCGCCAAAUCCAUGUUCUGAUGUUGUUAACGCACCAAGAAAAGCUGGCAGAAUGCUUAGUAGUAAUAGUGGAUGUUCUAAGAGAGCACGUGUUGGUCAGCUAGAAGACACUAUGAUUUCAACUGGAAUUGAUGACAUAAAGGAUAUGAAUGAGAAGCUAGGGUGUCGUUCUACAAAAUAUAACUUACCAGAUAAACCACAAAAGUCGAGACAGAAGAACAGCAUUAGUGGCAAGAGAGGUCAAGAAAAAUUUCAUAGUUCCUAUGAAGCCGAAAUUUGAUUCUUUCUCCAAGAAGGCUGGUUUUGCAAGCUUUACUAUGGCCUCUGGAGGGAACAACAUCGUUGGAUUAUAUGGACUGAAGUCUGAUGACAUAAAUGAUGUCACUGAGCUUGUAGAGGAUUUAUCAUUAAAUGAACUCCUUGAUGGCAUAUAUGAGCAUCCCAUUUUAGGCAUCAAGAAGGGUAGGAAAGCAACUAACACAACUGAAAAUUUUCUACAUUCUGUUAAAAAGGUGUUCUCCUUUCUUCCACAUCGAAGGGUCCAGUCCCACAAUGUUGCAGAUAUGGACAGUUCUUCCAACAAGAAAGUGCCCUUGUGUCCAUUGAACUCUGUUUCUAUUUCGGCAAGUAGUAUUAAUGGUGAUAAAGAAGACACGUGCUGUAGACCCAUCAUCACUCAAUAAGGAUUCAUCUGGCAAGCCUGAAAUGCCUGCCAGUCCUCCAGAUUUUUCAUUGUCUCAGUCCAAAGAUAUUCUGGAGCACUUGGCAUUACCCCCACCGAAAGAUCUGGACUCUUUACUUCUCAAUGCAACCAAGCCUUCAUCAUCCACAAGGAACAAUUCUGAUACACGUUCAGGCAAGCAAAUAAGAGCAUACUGUUAAUGGUUGUAGAACCAAUCCUGAUGCGGUUAAACUUUUAUCAAAUAAGAGCAUGUGCCAAGGGCAAUGGGUAAAAAUACCACACACUUCUGGUUCACCUGGGACUGCAACCAGUUCUUUUACCAAUUUAGAAUCACUUGCCUAUGAUCCAAGCCUAAUUCCCUCCUUUCCAAAGUUUGGUAACUCCGAAGGUGAAAUAGCAUCACCAUCUGGUACUCUCUGUUUAUGUGAACAAGGCACAUCACCUCUUGCAACUUAUUCCAAGGCUUUUAAUGUUCCUCCAGUUGGGCACUGUCCAAGAAUAUUGGCUGCAGCUCAAACAUUGUGUGACAUCGCGACUAAACCCUUGAGGCAAAACCCAGAUGGGAUUAUAAGUUGGCCAAAGAAACCUUCACAAAAGACCAUGAAAGCUCGCAAAACAAAAUCAAUUGAGAAAUCGGAUGAAAUAUCUGUGACAACUUCAUUGCUGGGAUCUAACAAGCUGGUGAGAUGUGACGCAGAACAGAUAAUUCUCUCGAAAAAGCCCAAGCUCUCUGAAGUUGAGCAUAAGAAGGAUCUCAAUCACUUAAAUGGCGUUAGAAAAGGACCAUUAGCUUGGUCUACUCCUAAAUCAAGUAGAACAUCGCCCGGAAAAUCUGUAAGUGAAACAAGACAUUCCACUGUCAAUGUAGUAAAGUCGCCAUGCACGAAUCUUCCAGCAACGGCUUUGGAUAAACCUUGCAAUAGUCAACAUAAUGUACAAAAACUAGUGUCCUUAGACUGGAAGAGAGGACGAAAUAGUCUCGACUAAUCAAGUAUCUUUUUUUUCCCUAUGUAGAAGUUUGCAUUCAACAAUGAUUACUAUUUAUCGACCUCUACGAUGUUAAACCGGUGUACCGGUUCGUUAAAUGUAUAUAUCUCGAUGUAGGCUUUGUUAUGUGGCCGAAAAGGGGGGAAAUGUUACGAUGGUAAUGUCAAGGGACAGUUGUAGAU